CGUGGAUCCGCCGCCGGGACCGACAUGGCGCCGCGCAACCGCCGCCAGCCCCGCCAGGCGCCGGCCCCUGCGGCCCCACUGCCCGCCUUCCCUACGGCCGCCGAGGAGGACGAUGGCGCUGACGCUGAUGCUGAGCUGGACACUCAGGCCAUGGUGCGGGCCCAGAACCAGAAGAAGAAGAAAUCCGGGGGCUUCCAGUCCAUGGGCCUCAGCUACCCUGUCUUCAAGGGCAUCAUGAAGAAGGGCUACAAGGUGCCCACGCCCAUCCAGAGGAAGACCAUCCCUGCCAUCCUGCGUGGCCGGGAUGUGGUGGCCAUGGCCCGCACAGGCAGUGGGAAGACAGCCUGUUUCCUCAUCCCCAUGUUUGAGCGGCUGAAGGCGCCCAGCCAGGCCGGGCCACGCGCCCUCAUCCUCUCACCCACCCGGGAGCUGGCCCUGCAGACCCUCAAGUUCACCAAGGAGCUGGGCAAGUUCACUGGAUUGAAGACAGCCCUGAUCCUGGGAGGAGACAAGAUGGAGGACCAGUUUGCUGCCCUGCAUGAGAACCCUGACAUAAUCAUAGCCACCCCUGGGCGCCUGGUGCACGUGGCAGUGGAGAUGAAGCUGAAGCUGCACACCGUGGAGUACGUGGUGUUCGACGAGGCUGACAGGCUCUUUGAGAUGGGCUUUGCUGAGCAGCUGCAGGAGAUCAUUGCCCGGCUCCCCGACUGCCACCAGACCGUGCUGUUCUCCGCCACGCUGCCCAAGCUGCUCGUCGAGUUUGCCCGGGCUGGCCUCACUGAGCCCAUGCUGAUCCGCCUGGAUGUGGAGUCCAAGCUGAGUGAGCAGCUUAAGCUGGUGUUCUUCCACGUGCGCGGGGAUGACAAACCGGCCGUGCUGCUCCACCUGCUCCGCAGCGUGGUGAAACCCCAGGACCAGACCGUCGUCUUCGUGGCCACCAAGCACCACACCGAGUAUCUGAGGGAGCUGCUGACAGCACAGGGUAUCCGCUGCACCCACAUCUACAGCUCUCUGGACCAGACUGCCCGCAAGAUCAACAUUGCCAAGUUCUCCCAGGGCAAGUGCCCAGUGCUGCUGGUCACCGACGUGGCUGCCCGGGGGCUGGACAUCCCCAUGCUGGACAACGUCAUCAACUUCAGCUUCCCUGCCAAGGGCAAGCUGUUCCUGCAUCGUGUCGGUCGUGUGGCCCGGGCAGGCCGCAGUGGCACUGCCUACUCGCUGGUGGCUCCUGAUGAGAUGCCCUACGUGUUCGACCUCCACCUCUUCCUGGGGCGCCCGCUCGUCCUCGCCGGAGCCCAGGACAUGCCUGCAGGUGAGGGGUGGCUCUGUGGCCACUGGGAUGCUGGCGAUGUCCUGGGCCGUGUGCCCCAGAGCCUGGUGGAUGAUGAGGAGUGCCUGCUGCUGACGGACCACGAGAGCUCUCUGGAGCUGCGCAGCCUCCGCCGCGUCGCCGACAACGCCCACAAGCAGUACCUGCGCUCCCGGCCCGGCCCCUCGCCCGAGUCCAUCAAGAGGGCCAAGGACCUGGAUGUGUCCCAGCUGGGCAUGCACCCCCUCUUCAGAGCUCGCUUCGAGGACACCGAGCUGCAGAGGCUGAAGUUGGUGGAUAGCAUUAAGAGCUACAAGUCCAAAGCGACCAUCUUUGAGAUCAACGCCACGUCCCGGACACCAGCCAGCACUGUGAUGCGAUCGAAGCGGCGCCACGACCAUGCCCUGAUCGAGAAGUUCCAGCGUGGGCAGCAGGAGAAGCGGGCAGCAGCACUUAAAGGGCAGGGGAUGUGCCCAGCCCCUCCUGAACCCCAGGAUGGGGAAGGAGAGCAGGAAGACCUCCAGGACGUGUUCUCCAAUGUGGGGGGCCAGAAGCGAAAACGGGGCCGAGGAGGAGAAGAUGGUCCCAGGAAAAAGCCACAGCAGCCGGCACAGCAGGCUGAGGACUUCUACAUCCCAUACCGGCCCAAGGACUUUGAGAGUGAGCGGGGGUAAGUGUGGGGGGCUCCUGCUGCUGUGCCCCCCCGCCUGUGUGGGGCUGCUCUCAUUGCCCCCCUUGGCGAGGGCAGCGCCUUCGAGCAGCAGGCGGCCGGGGCCGUGCUGGAUCUCAUGGGUGACGAGAACCACAACCUCAACAAGAACAAGCAGCUGCUCAAGUGGGACCGCAAGAAGAAGCGGUUUGUGGGACAGACGGGCCAGGAGAACAAGAAGAAGGUGCGGACAGAGAGCGGGCGCUACAUCAGCAGCUCCUACAAGAACAACCUCUAUGAGAAGUGGAAGCAGAAGUACAAGGUUGACGAGCGGGAUGAGGAUGAGGAAGGGCCACGCAGCAGGGAGCAGUUCAGAGGGAAGCACAGGCGUGGGCAGGGCCCCACGCAGUCCCCGGCGCAGGGCAGGGUGCGCUCGGAGCUGAGGAACAAGCAGCAGAUCCUGAAGCAGCGCAAGAAGGCGGCCAAGCAGCGCUUCCUGCAGAGCGGGGGCCUGAAGCGGCUGCGGGCGCGCGGGCGGCAGCGCGUGCAGGAGCUGCGGCUCAUGGCCUUCGGCCGCCGCGCCGGCCCCGCCAAAAAGGGCAAGCUCAGGAAGAGGAUGUAGGGCACACACCGCCUGGGCUGGGAGCUGGGCAAGGGACAGUAAAUAUUGGUUGGUUUUGCA